AUGGCCUACCAAGGCGCUGGCGGUCAUUCGCCAAAUUAUGACGAUAAUAACGGACAUCGACUUCAAGACGUUCCUCAUGGUGCUUCGUAUGAAAACCAUGAAGAAGAAGCCUCUAGAGGAUUAUUAUCGAACCAGCAGGGUCCCUUCGCCGGCCCUUUUGACGACCCUCACCAGCGGGGCCUGUCGCCUGGACCCCGUCCCACCUCUGGCUACAGCUUGACCGAAACCUAUGCUCCCGAAUCAGGUUAUCAUGAUCCGUACAACACCACUGGCUCCGUUUAUUCCGGCACUUCUUCAGAGAAUCCAGCGACUGCCUUUGGUGUUCCCGGCCGUGUAGCUUCUCCCUACGCUCGGAGCGAGACCUCUUCUACAGAAGCAUGGCGACAGCGACAGGCUCCUGGUGGUGGCGGUGGCGGAGGCAACUUGCGACGUUAUGCCACUAGGAAGGUCAAGCUUGUUCAAGGUUCCGUCCUGAGUGUGGACUAUCCUGUUCCUAGUGCGAUUCAAAACGCUAUUCAAGCCAAGUAUCGGAAUGAUCUUGAAGGCGGAAGCGAAGAGUUUACACACAUGCGAUACACUGCUGCGACAUGUGACCCAAAUGAGUUCACCCUUCAUAAUGGUUACAAUCUUCGACCUGCCAUGUAUAACCGGCAUACCGAGCUGCUCAUUGCAAUUACCUACUAUAACGAAGACAAGACGCUUACAGCACGUACAUUGCAUGGCGUGAUGCAGAAUAUCCGUGACAUUGUAAACCUUAAAAAGUCAGAGUUCUGGAACAAGGGUGGUCCUGCUUGGCAGAAGAUUGUCGUUGCCUUGGUGUUUGAUGGUAUCGAUCCGUGCGAUAAGGAUACCUUGGAUGUCUUGGCUACUAUCGGUAUCUACCAGGAUGGUGUUAUGAAGCGUGAUGUUGACGGCAAAGAAACUGUGGCCCAUAUUUUUGAAUAUACGACGCAAUUGUCCGUCACCCCUAACCAACAACUCAUCAGGCCCGCCGACGAUGGGCCAAGCACCCUUCCACCAGUUCAGAUGAUGUUUUGUCUGAAGCAGAAAAAUAGCAAGAAGAUCAACUCUCACAGAUGGCUCUUCAAUGCAUUUGGUCGCAUUCUGAACCCCGAGGUGUGUAUUCUUCUUGAUGCUGGUACAAAGCCUGGCCACAAGUCAUUGCUGGCUUUGUGGGAAGCCUUCUAUAACGAUAAGGACCUUGGAGGUGCUUGUGGUGAAAUUCACGCUAUGUUGGGUAAAGGUUGGAAGAACCUGAUCAACCCCCUGGUCGCCGCACAGAACUUCGAAUACAAGAUCAGUAAUAUCCUUGACAAGCCGCUUGAGAGUUCAUUUGGAUAUGUCAGUGUGUUGCCUGGCGCCUUCUCUGCUUACCGCUUCCGCGCUAUCAUGGGUCGCCCGUUGGAACAAUAUUUCCAUGGUGAUCACACACUUUCGAAACAGUUGGGUAAGAAGGGUAUUGAAGGCAUGAAUAUCUUCAAAAAGAACAUGUUCUUGGCCGAAGAUCGAAUUCUCUGUUUCGAACUGGUUGCCAAGGCUGGCUCUAAAUGGCAUUUGUCCUACGUGAAGGCCUCCAAGGGUGAAACCGAUGUGCCUGAAGGUGCAGCUGAAUUCAUUUCCCAGCGUCGUCGUUGGCUGAACGGUUCGUUCGCGGCUGGUAUUUACUCGCUUAUGCAUUUCGGAAGAAUGUACAAGAGUGGACACAAUUUGAUACGAAUGUUCUUUUUGCACAUUCAGAUGCUGUACAAUGUGUUCAAUACCAUCCUUACAUGGUUCUCUUUGGCGUCGUAUUGGCUCACAACUUCCGUUAUCAUGGAUUUGGUUGGGACUCCCAGCAAGAAUAACGAUAACACCAGUUUCCCCUUUGGCAACACUGCUACCCCGGUUGUGAAUACGAUUGUGAAAUAUGUUUAUCUGGGAUUCCUGUUGCUACAGUUCAUUCUUGCUCUGGGUAACCGUCCUAAGGGUUCAAAGUACUCGUACCUCGCGUCAUUUGUGGUGUUUGGUAUCAUCCAAAUUUACAUUGUUGUUGAUGCACUGUAUUUGGUCGUCCGUGCUUUCAGUGGAAACGCUCCCAUGGAUUUCGAUACCGAUCAUGGCAUUGGACCGUUCCUCAGUUCAUUCUUCGGAUCAACAGGCGCUGGUAUUAUCAUUAUCGCGCUUGCUGCCACUUUUGGUCUCUACUUUGUUGCGUCGUUCAUGUACCUGGACCCAUGGCACAUGUUCACCUCAUUCCCUGCAUACAUGGCCGUGCAAUCUUCCUACAUCAACAUUCUCAAUGUUUAUGCUUUUAGCAACUGGCAUGAUGUGUCCUGGGGUACCAAGGGUUCCGACAAGGCUGAUGCCCUGCCGUCGGCGAAGACCACAAAAGAGGGAGAUAAAGAGGCGGUGAUCGAAGAAAUUGACAAACCGCAGGCUGAUAUCGAUAGCCAGUUUGAAGCUACUGUGAAGCGUGCUUUGACUCCCUACGUUGCUCCUGUUGAGAAGGAGGAGAAGUCUUUGGAUGAUUCGUACAAGAGUUUCCGAACACGACUUGUGACCCUCUGGAUUUUCAGCAAUGCGUUUAUGUCGGUUUGCAUCACCAGUGACGGCGUUGAUAAGUUUGGUUUCACGAAUUCGGCAACCGAUCGGACCUCACGAUUUUUCCAGGCUUUGCUGUGGGCUAAUGCUAUUGUGGCCUUAUUCCGUUUCAUUGGGGCCUGCUGGUUCCUGGGUAAGACAGGUAUAAUGUGCUGCUUCGCCCGGCGGUAG